GGUAGGGACGGUGGUAGGAACAGCUGUCCCCCCCCCCCUUGGCUGGGAAAAGGGGUGACUGCUGUCGAGGGCAGGUGAAUGGAUAGACAGAAUAGAACAGAAAUAAUUGACCCGAUAAACAAGUCUGGGAGAGAAGGAAAAGCGUGGCAUCAAAAGCUAUCAGAAAACAAAGUAUUCAGACAAAGCAGUUGUUCCUUCAGUACUGGCAUUUCUGAUCAUUCUUUGUGUGAAACAGCAAACACGUGCAAUGUUAUCUUAACACAGAACAUCAAACCGUCAGUUCCUUGGUCUCACAGAAGUUUCAUCAAGGGGAAACCAUGGAGCAAGAGAGAGUUGGAGGCCAUCAGCUGGGGCUGUGUGUGCUUUGUGGUUUACCAGCAGCAGGUAAAACUAGGAUAGCACAAGCGCUGAGUUCCUCCUUGAGGAAGUGCAAAGGAUGGUCCUGCAUUCUUCUCAGUUAUGACGACCUCAUUCCUUUGGAAGCAUUCAGUGAAACAGAGAUUUCUCAUUGGAGAUCAUACCGGCAUGAAUUAUUAUUGUACCUUGAACACUUCCUUCAGGCUCUUAUUAAAGGACGGCAUUAUGUUCCUCCUUCAAACAGAACUGAAACAAUGUGGAAAAGUUUUUCCUCCUGUUUGAUAGAACAAGGAUUAAUAUCUGCAGGAACAGAAGACUCUGCAUUUUGUCAAUAUUUAAUAGAUUUCAUUCCACUCAGGCCAAUAUAUUUUAUUUUAGAUGACAACUUUUAUUAUCGGAGUAUGAGAUAUGAAGUGUACCAGUUAGCUCGCCAGUAUUCAUUGGGCUUCUGUCAGUUGUUCCUAGACAGCCAGGUUGAAGUUUGUUUAGAAAGAAAUUCUCAGAGAAAGGAGCCAUUACCUGAGGAAACCAUAUUUGCAAUGGCACAAAAGCUAGAAUGUCCAAAUCCAAAAAAAUACACGUGGGAGCAAAAUAGCCUUAUUCUGAAAAGUGCUGAAUUUUCAUUUGAAGAUAAUCUUCAGGUGUUUAAUUUGUUAUCUUCUGCUUUGGAAAAUCCAGUAAAAUCUAUGGAAGAGAAUGCAGAAGAAAAGGAGAUGGAUCGGGCUAUAUGUGCAAGCAAUGUUCUACAUCAAGCUGAUCAAGCUCUCAGGCGAACAAUCUCUGAAACAAUGCAGAAGGCUAAAGCCAAAGGCCUUACCCCAAGUGAAAUGAAGAUUUUGUCUGAGGAGCUCAACAAGCAGAAAGUGGAAUUCUUAGAAAAAAUAAAACAAAAGACUAAUAAAGAAAAUCAGUUUUAUGUAGAAAAUAGCCCAUUUAAUAUAACUUCUGUAUUUUCCCAAGAGACAGAUGAUAUUGUUAAAAAGUAUUUAAAUAAACAUUAGCAUUUUAUUUUGCUUCAUGAUGUGGUAUCAACGGUGUGAUGGAAAUUUAACAAGAAUAAAGCUAUAUAUAAUAGAUACAGCUUCCCUGUGUAAU